UUUUUUUUUUUUUUUUUUUUUUUUUUGAAUGAUGAUAAAAAUCAGCCAACUAAAAUUUUAUAGAUUAUUUUAUCUCUCUUUUACAUAACUAAUUGUUUGUGAUACUAAUGACUUGUUCCAAAAGCCUUCGCAUUAUGCAAAAUCCUUAUUAUUCCAAAGAGCAAGUAAGGGAUGAUUCGCUCAUGUCACCGCCAUUGACGCCUACGGAAGCACAUCAUCCAACACUGUCUAUCGAACAUGACGAUAGUUGGUACUAUCCCCGAAGAAGAAAAGAAUUUAUUACAUCCUACUCAAAGAUGGUGCCAUUCCUUCGUAAGCGAAAAGAGCAUGACGAUAGUGAUAACCAUGGCAUGUUUGCAUUGAAUGUCUACCGAGACUUAAUGUUGGUGGGUCAGCAAGACAACAAGAAAUCAAGAAGAGAGAUCAAAAAAGAAGAAAAUGACUGUGUCAUGUCGGACGAAACUGUCGUGCCACAUACCCAAAAAAGAAAACUAUGUUUUACUAGUCCUAGUGAGCAAGAUAAGAAGAAGCGAAAGCGCGUUUCAUCCAUUUUGCCUACCGGAAAAGAAGCUGCAUUAGCCUUUGAUUCAAUUGAUAUUGAUACGUCCGAUAAAGACUUUUAUCCUGUCCAUUGGGUACCACUCAGGAAUGCGCUUGAUCAAGUUCCCGUAAAAGUCUGCUGGAAAGGUGCACCGCUUUUAAUUCAUCAACAACCUUAUUAUGAUGGUUUGCAUCGGGUGGAAGCUUCAAUGGCUUCUAUCUUGCGAUUGUCUCCAAUUCAAUAUUUACGCUGUAAACGUACUCUCAUCUUGGCUGCUCGUACAUUGAAAUUACAACAAAUCCCAUUUACAAAGUCAGUGGCUCAAAAACUCUGUAGAGUGGAUGUGAACAAAACAAGUGCCUUGUGGACAGCCUUUGGUCAAUUAGGCUGGUUUGACGAAUCUCAAUUAGAUUAAUUACAUAUUCAUCCUCACACUCAUACCCCCCCUUUAUUUUUUUUUCCUUUUUCAUAUAUAUAUAUAUACUGUAUUAUUCUAUAUCCCCCCCUCUCCCUCCUCUCCCAAAGAAAAUUAUACAUCAUUUUUUAAUAAAAAUUUUUUCUCAUUAUUUGCCUGAAAAAAA